AUGCACAUUCCAACCCCAACCCUUUCCCGCCCUUUCGGCGUUCAGCUCUGGCCGCACUUCAGCAGGGCAUUCACUGCACUGUCAGGCAAAUCCCCCGCUGAUUUCCAGCUCGUCCCUGGCGAGACGCCGAUGACGACGCUGCAGGGCACGCUUCUGUCUCUGGCGACUUACUACGUCGUUGUCCUGGGCGGCCGGCAGCUCAUGAAGAGUCAGGCCAGGUUUAAACUACGAAUCCCGUUCAUCAUCCAUAAUUUCAUCUUAACCGUGAUAAGUGGUGUGUUGUUGGCACUUUUCCUGGAGCAGAUUCUCCCAACGCUCUCAAAUGAUGGCGUUCUCCAUGCAAUUUGCGAUGCGCGCGGUGGGUGGACGGACGAGUUGGUGCUUCUUUACUACCUGAACUACCUGACCAAGUAUCUCGAACUGGCAGAUACAGUCUUCCUCGUUCUGAAGAAGAAACCACUGACAUUCCUGCACACCUACCACCACGGUGCCACAGCGCUGCUAUGCUACGUUGAGCUCGUCGGCCGUACUUCUGUCUCAUGGGUUCCUAUCACGCUGAACCUGAUGGUUCACGUCGUGAUGUACUGGUACUAUUUCCAGAGCGCGCGCGGCAUCCGCAUCUGGUGGAAGCGGUACAUCACGCUGCUGCAAAUUGCGCAGUUUGUCAUUGAUAUCGGGUUUAUCUACUUCGCCUCCUAUACGUACUUUGCCUCAACGUAUUUCCCCUGGGUACCGAAUGCGGGCUACUGCAUGGGUGAGGAGUAUGCGGCUGGCUUCGGCGUGUUCAUUAUCAGCUCUUAUCUGUUGCUCUUCAUCUCAUUCUAUCUUACAACGUACAGGGAAAAGGCGCCGCGGUUUUUGAGUCAGGCGAGGGCCCUAGGCGCAAAGAAGGGGCUCUGA